AUGUCGUCGCGAUUCUUCUACCGUGGUGGUAGCGACAGCGAGUCCAGCUCCUCCGAUGAGGAAGAGGAUGUCUACGAGCGCUCUGGGGAGGAGAGCAGCGAGGAGGAGUCCAGCGAAGAGGAAGAUGACUCCGGCAGCGAUUCCGAUGACUCCGGCGAGGAGGGAGGCAAGAAGGGUGCCAACGCUUUCCUGAGGGAUGCAUCCGAGAGUGAGAGCGAGGAGGAGGAGGAGGAGAAGGUCACCCUCGUCAAGAGUGCCAAGGACAAGCGACUGGAGGGUCUCGAAAACACCAUCAAAUUGAUCGAGAAUGCGCAAAAGAUUAACGACUGGGCCGUCAUCUCUACUGAGUUCGACAGCCUGAACCGCCAAAUGAUCAAGGUCGCUCAAUCCGGUCCUACCCCCAAGCUCUACGUCAAGGCCGUUGCCGACCUCGAGGACUUUAUCAACGAGGCCGCCUCCAAGCAGAAGUCCGCCAACAAGAAGAUGAACGCCAGCAACCAAAAGGGAUUCAACACCAUCAAGCAGCGUAUCAAGAAGAACAACAAGGACUAUGCCGACCAGAUCGAGAAGUACCGUGCCGCCAAGGAUACCUACAUGGACGAGGAGGAAGAGAAGGCCCCCGCCCCUGCGCCCAAGCCCAAGCCCACUGCUUCUCAGAAGGUUGAGAACUUCGCUGCUGCUGCUGCCGCCGCUUCUGCUGGCGACGACGAUGGAUUUGCCACCGUCGGCCGUGGUGGAAAGACCCUGCAGUACACCGCAGAGAGUAUCCUCAAGCACCUGCGCUCCAUUGUCGAGUCUCGAGGAAAGAAGAACACCGACCGUCUGGAGCAGAUCCGCACCAUGGAGAAGCUUCUGGAGAUCUCCACGACCCCCUACCAGCGCAUCCGUGUUUACCUGACCCUUAUCUCCACCCGUUUCGAUCUCACCUCCGCCUCCGCCAACUAUAUGAGCCCCGAGCAGUGGAAGGCCGCCAAUACCGAGUUUGGUGUUCUCCUGUCCGUUCUCGAAGAGCACAGCAACUAUAUUGUCACCGAGGGUGCUGAUGAGUGGGAGGAUGACGAGAAGCAGCCCCAGCUUGCUGAGGGCGAGACUUUCCACAUUCCCGGCAGCAUUGUCUCCUACAUCGAGCGUCUGGAUGACGAGCUUACCCGCUCGCUGCAGCAGAUUGACCCCCACACUGCUGAGUACAUCGAGCGUUUGAGUGACGAGCAGCAGCUGUACAACAACAAUGUCCGUACUCAACUCUACCUCGAGGUCCUCAACGCCGGAGCCAAGAACGAUUCACGACAAGACAGUGUCAACCGUGUCAUCAUCCGCCGUCUGGAGCACGUCUACUUCAAGCCCUCCCAAGUGGUCUCCAUCCUCGAGGAAGCCGCCUGGAAGUCUCUCCCCGACAAUCUCAACGACGGCAUUAUCCGUGCCCGCUCGAUGCUCUGCCAAAUCUACUUCCUUGCCCUGCACGACAAAUACUACCGCUCUCGUGACCUGAUGCUCAUGUCCCAUCUGACCGAGAACAUCUCCAACUUUGACGUCAGCACCCAGAUCCUCUUCAACCGCACCCUUGUUCAAAUCGGUCUGUGCGCUUUCCGCGCUGGUCUCAUCUACGAGGCCCAGAACACUCUCGGUGACAUCUGCGGUAGCGGCCGUCAAAAGGAGCUGCUCGCCCAGGGUAUCAUCAUGCAGCGCUACUCCACCGUCUCCCCCGAGCAAGAACGUCUGGAGCGCCAGCGCCAGCUGCCCUUCCACAUGCACAUCAACCUGGAGCUGCUUGAGUGCAUCUACCUGACCUCCAGCAUGUUCCUCGAGGUUCCCCUCAUGGCGCAGACCUCUUCCGCCCCUGAGAUCCGCCGCCGCAUGAUCUCCAAGACCUUCCGCCGCAUGCUCGACUACAACGAGCGCCAGGUCUUCACCGGACCCCCGGAGAACACCCGCGACGGUGUCAUCAUGAGCGCCAAGUUCCUCGCCGCCGGCGACUGGAAGAAGGCUGCCGAGAUGCUCGCAUCCAUCAAGAUCUGGGACCUGAUGCCGCAACCCGAGAAGAUCAAGGAGAUGCUGUCCGCACAGACACAAGAGGAGGGUCUGCGCACUUACCUCUUCACAUACGCCCCCUUCUACGACAGCCUGUCCAUCUCCUCACUGGCCGACAUGUUCGAGCUGCCCAUCAAGAAGAUCACCGCCGUCAUCAGCCGGAUGAUCUCUCACGAGGAACUGGGCGCUGCCCUGGACCAAGUCAACGACGCCAUCAUUUUCCGCAAGGGCGUCGAGCUCUCCCGCCUCCAGUCCCAGAUCGUUACCCUCUCCGACAAGUCGAUGGGUCUGCUCGAGUCCAACGAGAAGACUCUCGAGCAGCGCACUCAGGGUAUGGCCAACGCCUUCCAGCGCGAGUCGGGCCCCGGAGCCCGUGGCGGUCGCGGUGGUCGUGGCGGUGGUCGCGGCGGUGGUCGUGGCGGUGGUGCCCGUUUCCCUGGCGGCGAGCGGAGACCUGGUGGCCAGCAGUUCGGUGGUGGUGCAUUGGGUGGUGCGAUCAAGGCUUAA